AUGGAGAACCAAAGAAGAGGUAUUUUACAAGGAUUAAAUCGUAGUAGAACAAUAUCAACCCAAACAAACAAUACUACUGGUCAAUUAAAUUCAACUACAACACCAACAAUUACUGGUAAAAGUGUUUUCAUGGCAUAA